AUGUCGACCGUAUGCUAUCUUUCAUCCAUAGUACCAAGGGACCGCGUAGCCACGCGCAACGCGAGACUCCAGAAAAUUGGCUCUAUACUAGGAGAGCUCAUUUCGCCGCAGACUGUCCUUCUGGAGAGCUUCGAUAACAUUUACCUCGACCUCUCAAAGCAGACCGGAAGAUGUAAGCUCGCGGAGAGUGGUCUGGGAUGGAAGCCCUCCGGAGGCGGCGACACUUUCACCCUGGAUAGCAGCAAUGUCGCCGCGGCCCAAUGGAGUCGCGCUGCAAAGGGAUAUGAAUUGAAGAUCUUGUCGCGCACAUCCGGUGUCAUCCAGCUCGAUGGAUUUGACCAAGAGGAUUUCGAAAGACUCAGCAAGGCGUUCAAGAUUUGGUACGGCAUCAACCUAGAGAACAAGGAACAUGCGCUCCGAGGAUGGAACUGGGGCAAGGCGGAGUUCACGAAAGCCGAGUUAUCCUUCAACGUCCAGAACCGACCAGCGUUCGAGAUCCCUUACUCCGAAAUCUCCAACACGAACCUUGCGGGAAAGAACGAAGUCGCCGUCGAGUUUAACCUGGCCGCCGAUGGGACUUCCAACGCUCAGCCAGCUGGAAGCACGAAAAACAGGGGUCGCAAGGCGGCUGCGGGGCCCGAUGAGCUGGUCGAGAUGCGAUUUUACAUCCCUGGAACCGCCGUCAAGACGGAGAAGGGCGUGAAGGAAGAGGAUGGCGAGGAGCAGGAGAAUGGAGAGGAGGAAGGCGAGGAACAGAAUGCGGCCAAUCUCUUCUAUGAAACGCUCAUGGACAAGGCCGAGAUCGGCGACGUCGCCGGUGAUACCUUUGCUACUUUCUUGGAUGUUCUCCAUCUUACCCCGAGAGGUCGGUUCGAUAUCGAUAUGUACGAAUCCUCCUUCCGGUUACGCGGUAAGACAUAUGACUACAAGAUUCAAUACGCAUCGAUCAAGAAGUUCUUCCUUCUGCCGAAGAAUGACGACACCCACACACUCAUUGUCCUGGGUCUUGAGCCUCCCCUUCGGCAGGGUCAGACUCGGUACCCCUUCCUGGUUAUGCAGCUCAAGCUGGACGAGGAGAUUAGUCUGGAGCUAAACAUGACCGAUGAGCUGUUGGAAACUCGCUACAAGGAUAAGUUGGAACCUCGCUAUGAAGAGCCUAUCCACCAGGUCGUUACGAAGAUCUUCCGCGGGUUGUCGGGCAAGAAGGUCAUCAUGCCCUCUAAAGACUUUGUCAGCCAUCAUGGCCACAGCGGUGUCAAGUGCUCUAUCAAGGCAAAUGAAGGCCUUUUGUACUUCUUGGAUAAGAGCUUGAUUUUCGUCCCGAAGCCGGCCACAUAUAUCCAGCUUGAGAACGUCGGUGUGGUCACGAUGUCUCGUGUUGGCGGUGCUGUGUCGGCGAGCCGCACAUUCGAUAUUACGGUGAGCCUGAAGGGUGGAAUGGGAGAACACCAGUUCAGCAACAUCAACCGUGAGGAACAACAGCCUUUGGAAGACUUCUUCAAGGCGAAGAACAUUCGGAUCAAGAACGAAAUGUCCGAUGAUACUUCCGCGCUUAUUGCUGCGGCCCUUGACAAUGAGGAUAUGGCCUCUAGUGACGAAGACGGCGGGCGUGCGGACCGGGGUUCGGCCGACGAAGAUGAGGAGUCGGUCGACGAGGACUUCCAUGCCGAAUCGGACUCGGACGUCGCGGAGGAAUAUGACUCUGCCCAUGAAAGCAGCGGCAGCGGAAGUGAUGCGGAGAUGGAUGAUGCUUCGGAUGCAGGGGAGGAGGACGAGGAUGUCGACAUGUCGGAGGAGGAACGCCCGAAGAAGAAAUCGAAGGUUGGGAAAUGA